AGCAAUAUGGGAAAUGCUGACACAAAAUUAAAUUUUCGAAAAGCGGUCGUUCAACUGACAUCGAAAACACAGGUAAUCGAUGCUUCAGAUGAUAAUUUUUGGGAUCAAUUUUGGUCUGAAAAUGUGACUAAUGUACAAGAUAUAUUUACAUUAAUUCCUGCACCUGAAAUUCGUAUAUUAAGAGAAGAAGCACCUUCUAAUUUAGCUACACUAUGUUACAAAGCAGUGGAAAAAUUAGUGAAAGCAGUUGAUAAUAGUUGUAGAACUCAAAGAGAACAGCAAACUGUUCUGAACUGUUGUCGCUUAUUAACAAGGUUGUUACCUUAUAUCUUUGAGGAUCCUGAUUGGAAAGGAUUCUUUUGGUCUAGUUUACCUGGUAAAGAAGAUGAAGAAAGUGUACCAUUGGCUCAUUCUCUACUCAAUGCACUUUGUGAUUUGCUGUUUUGUCCUGAUUUUACAGUAGCUGCAAACAGAAAAUCUGGUCCUGAUAAAGCAGAGGAAUUGCAGUCUAUAGAUAGCUGUGAAUAUAUUUGGGAAGCUGGUGUAGGAUUUGCACAUUCACCUCCCAGAUAUCCAAUUUUAGAUUCAAAUAGAACAGAAUUACUAAAGUUGCUACUCACAUGCUUCAGUGAAACCAUGUACAAUCCACCUAUGGAUCUUUCAGUUACUCCAAAUAGAUGGAUCCAACAUUUAACUAGUUCUGAAAACAGACAUGCCUUGCCUAUGUUCACAUCACUGUUGAAUACAGUAUGUGCAUAUGAUCCUGUUGGACUUGGAGUGCCAUACAAUCAUUUAUUAUUUACUGAUUCAUUAGAACCACUAGUUGAUGUUUCAUUACAAAUUCUUAUAGUCACACUAGACCAUGACACUAGUGGUGGUGCUCCACUAGAAGAAGGAAGUGUUGGAGAUAAUUUAUUCAUUAAUUAUCUAAGUCGUAUUCAUCGCGAUGAAGAUUUUCAGUUUGUAUUGAAAGGUAUCACUAGAUUAUUAAAUAAUCCACUAAUGCAAACAUAUUUGCCAAAUUCGACUAAAAAAGUACACUUUCAUCAAGAAUUGUUAGUAUUUUUUUGGAAAAUGUGUGAUUAUAAUAAGAAGUUUCUAUACUAUGUAUUAAAAAGUUCAGAUGUUCUUGAAGUAUUGGUACCUAUAUUAUAUCAUUUAAAUGAUUCACGCGCAGAUCAAUCUCGUGUUGGAUUGAUGCAUAUCGGUGUAUUUAUUUUACUUCUACUGAGUGGAGAACGUAACUUUGGCGUUAGAUUAAAUAAACCAUACACAGCUACAGUACCUAUGGAUAUUCCCGUUUUUACAGGUACACAUGCGGACUUGUUAGUUACUGUUUUUCACAAGAUAAUUACCACUGGACACCAAAGAUUGCAGCCACUAUUUGAUUGUCUACUAACAAUUCUAGUCAAUGUAUCUCCAUACCUUAAAACCCUAUCAAUGGUGGCUAGUACUAAACUAUUACAUUUACUCGAAGCAUUUAGCACUCCAUGGUUCUUAUUUUCUGCACCUACAAAUCAUCAUUUAGUAUUUUUUCUUCUGGAAAUUUUUAAUAAUAUCAUUCAGUAUCAAUUUGAUGGAAACAGUAAUUUGGUUUAUACGAUAAUACGCAAAAGGCAAGUGUUUCACGCAUUGGCGAAUUUACCAAGUGACUGUAAUACAAUUGCGAGGUCCCUCAGUAAAAGACAACGUCGACACAUGCCCGCUAGUACGUCACACGAAAAUGUUAAUGAAGCAGCAAUGGAAGGAUUUCCAACAGGUAUUGAGAAAAUGACAGAAAAAGAAUCUGCACAUCCAUUAAGUCCUUCAGUAAGUGUUGAUGUAGGAAAACCUAAUCAUCAAAACAAUGUGGGUGGUACAGAAGAUUUAAUGAAUUCCAAUAAAAACUCUGUUAUACCAAAGGGAGGCAUUAGAGUGGCAGAACAUACAAACUCUUCUAACAACAUAAAUCAAUGGGUUCCUUCUAGUGAAUGGGUUUAUCAAUGGAAAAGUAAACUUCCGUUGCAAACUAUUAUGCGAUUACUUCAAGUCCUCGUACCUCAAGUUGAAAAAAUAUGCAUUGAUAAGGGUCUCACAGAUGAAAGUGAAAUUUUAAAAUUUUUGCAACAUGGUACUUUAGUUGGUUUGCUACCAGUACCACACCCUAUUCUUAUCAGGAGAUACCAAGCAAAUGCAGGAACUACUGCUUGGUUCAGGACGUAUAUGUGGGGUGUUAUAUACCUAAGGAAUGUCGAACCACCAAUUUGGUAUGAUACAGAUGUAAAGUUAUUUGAAAUCCAAAGAGUUUAA